AUGCAGGCUGAUCAGACGGUGAUAAGUUUACGUCCUGGAGGUGGAAGCCGAGGUGGAAGCAGAGUUCUUGGUCCUCGCUUUGAACCCUCUGCAAUCAACAACAAUAGUAAUUCUGAUCUCCCUUUGUUCCGACCCUAUGGCGGCGGCGGUGCUACUUUGUCCUCUUUUAAGGCUGCGGACUCCCGUUUCGAGGGGCGUGAGCGUAUUCGGUAUACCAAGGAUCUCCUCCUACAGUUGAGGGAGGUGGUCAGUACUCCAGAAGACAUUCUAAAAGUCAAAAAUGAAGUUGAAACUGAAUUUUUUGGCGAAGAUCCAACCUGGGGCCGGGUGGAACCAAAUAUAACAAAUUCGCAGAACCGGUACUCUGAGCCAGACAAUCGUGAUUGGCGUAGCCGGCCUUCACCAGAGAAAGCCCCAGAAGAAAGAUCCUGGGAAAAGCACAAGGAACAACCUAGGCACCAAGAUCCAAAUCAGUAUAAUCCACGGCAGGAGCCACCAAAUGCCCCAUUUGGAAGAUCUCCGGCACCUGUGAACCCAGUGGGAGGACAUGCACCUGCCUUCAUCAACAAGGCUGAAGUGCCAUGGACAGCUCGGAGGGGGGUUCUUUCUGAUAAGGAUCGUGUUUUGAAGGCUGUGAAGGGAAUCCUGAACAAGCUGACACCGGAGAAGUUUGACGUAUUGAAAGGUCAACUGAUAGAUUCCGGAAUAACAUCAGCCGACAUUUUGAAGGGAGUCAUCUCUUUAAUAUUUGACAAGGCUGUUCUGGAGCCUACAUUCUGCCCCAUGUAUGCUCAGCUGUGUUCAGACCUCAAUGAGAAGUUGCCUCCAUUUCCAUCUGAAGAACCAGAAGGGAAACCAAUUACAUUCAAGCGGGUUCUUUUGAAUAAUUGCCAGGAGGCCUUUGAGGGUGCUGAGAAGUUGAGAGAAGAGGUUAGGCAAAUGACUGCUCCUGAGCAGGAGAUGGAACGUAAAGAUAAAGAUAGGAUGCUUAAGCUUCGGACUUUGGGAAACAUCCGGCUGAUAGGGGAGCUUCUUAAACAGAAGAUGGUUCCCGAAAAGAUUGUUCAUCACAUUGUUCAGGAGCUCUUAGGGCCUGACACAAAGAGCUGUCCAGCUGAGGAAAAUGUUGAGGCUAUAUGCCAGUUCUUUAACACUAUUGGCAAACAGCUUGAUGAAAACCAAAAAGCACGCCGUACUAAUGAGGUGUACUUCAACCGCUUGAAGGAACUAUCAACGAACACUCAGCUUGCUCCCCGCCUGCGGUUUAUGGUUCGCGAUGUUCUCGAUUUACGGGCUAAUAACUGGAUCCCCAGGCGGGAAGAGGUGAAAGCUAAAACCAUUGGUGAGAUUCAUUCAGAAGCAGUAAAGAUUUUGGGCCUGCGACCGGGUGCUAUUGCCAACAUUAGAAAUCCCCGUGGCAUAAGCUCUGAUGUGCCAAGUAUUAGUCCCGGAGGGUUUCCAAUCAAUCGGCCUGGCACCGGUGGUAUGAUGCCUGGAAUGCCAGGUGCCAGAAAGAUGCCAGGGAUGCCUGGAAUUGAUCCUGACAACUGGGAGGUUCCCAGAUCUCGCUCAAUGCCAAGAGGUGAUGGGGCAAUGGUGCAGCCUUCUGGGCGUGUACAACCACCAUUAGUGGGCAAGUCACCAUCAUUGAACCAAAGACUUCUCCCACAGGGCAGUGGUGGUCUGGUGAGUGGUAGGACCAGUGCCCUUUUGCAAGGCACUGGGGCACCUCCUGUUCGCACACCCUAUGGUGUGUCAGCUGACCAUACCCCACAAGCACCCCCCUCUUAUAGGGCACCCCAACAAGCAUCUACACCUGUAGUUGUUGAAAAACCACUCGCUCCAACAGUGAGGGUGAAUACAGACGAACUCAAAAGAAAAACAAUCCUCCUACUGGAGGAAUAUUUCGGUGUGCGAAUCUUGGAUGAAGCAUUAGCGUGUGUUGAGGAAUUGAAGUCGCCAGCUUAUCAUUCUGAGGUUGUCAAGGAAGCUCUUCUUCUAGGAUUGGACAAAAGUCCACCUUGCGUUGAACCUGUUGGAAAACUUAUUGAAUACUUGUGGAUGAAGGAGGUCUUUACUGCAAAGGAUGUAGCUACUGGGCUGUCUCUAUAUGCUGCAAUGUUGGAUGAUCUUGGCAUUGAUCUGCCGAAGGCACCUGCUAACUUUGGUGAGAUUUUGGGGAGGUUAAUCUUGGUUGGAGCGUUGGACUUCAAGAUGGUGCACGAGAUAUUAAAGAAGCUAACGGAUGAUUUCUUUCAGAAAGCAAUAUUUACUUCUGCAACUCAGAUUCUGAGUUCUACUCCAGCUGGGAAACAGGUUUUGGAAUCUCAGGCAUCUGAUGUCGAGGCCUGCCAGGGGCUGUUCCAGUAA